AUAGAGAAGGCGGUUGGCUGGGUUUUGUUUGUUUGUAUAUUAUAAUAAUAAAAAAAAAACUAAAACCCUCUCUCUUUCUUCUUCAUUCUUCACAGUCACCACUUAACAGUGGUGGUUGAAGUGAAGGGGUUUAUCGUCUUUUUCCCUUUUCCGAUGGGAGCUCUUGCUACAUUCCCUUCUCCUUGGACUCCCGAUGACGAUCUUUUGCUCAAGAACGCCAUUGAGAAUGAUGCUUCCUUGGAGUCACUUGCAAAAGGUGCAGUUCAGUUUUCUCGAAAAUUUACUCUCGCGGAAAUACAUGAUAGAUGGCAUUCUCUACUCUAUAACCCUUCAGAAAUCUCUGCGUCUAUAUCAAAUAACAAAUCUGGAAAUUCAAAAGAACAGAAAAUUGUUUCUGAUAAGAGAAAACCUCAAAGUGUUCGAGAUUCUUAUUAUGCUAUGCGUAAAAGAAUCCGCAGAGAUAUGCCAACAUCCAUGGACUGCAAUUUUCUGGUCGAUCCAGAAGAUGGUGAUUAUGUGGUAAAUGGAGAUGAGCAUUUGCCCGAAAACUGUGUAACCGAGUGUUCAACUUUUAAUCACUCUACGAAUCAUGAUCUGUCACCUGAAAACUAUGUACCUGAGGGUCCAACUUUGAAUCACUUUUCGAAUCAGGAUACAUCACAGUACGGACUUCCAGAAAAUAUUAUGGAUGUUGAUGUUGCAAUUAAUGGAGGUACUACUCAAGGGUUUUACAAUGGAGUUGAUGAUACAGUUGAAGAGAAUUUCCUCACUGACCAAAACAAUAUUCCUGAGGAGGAACCUCAAAUUCUUGAAGACAAUGUUCCUCUGAAUGGAGCUGCUGAGGAAUUGGAUGUUCCAAUAGAAUUAGACAUAGAUAAAUUUAUCAGAGAUGAUGGUUUAGAGGAUAUGUCUUUGUCUGCAUUUAACCAAAUCAACAAUGACCCUGCAAAUUUGUGCUCCGAGUUUGAUGAAGAUUAUAUGUUUGAUUCACCUGAAGAGUGUGGAAAUUCAUUUGACAAUUUCGAGUUAACUUCACUUCCUGACAUUCCGGACAUGCCGGUCUGGACAACAGAAGAACAUGAUGAUACUCCGUGUGAUGGUUCAAAAGAUUCCAUUGCUUGCCAGGAUGGCUAUCUGGAAGAACUGUCCAAUUCACUCUUUAAUUUCAAUGAUGAGGAAGAGCUAUUUCUGAUGGAUUCUGUCGGAAAAAAUGGGAUUGGUAAAUCUUAUUAUGAUGGUCUGAGUUCACUUUUACUAAACUCUCCAAUUGAUGGUUGUUCAGAUCAGAUACCUGAAACGACUGAAGCAGAGUUAUUAUUAACCUCAUGUGAAGAUGCUAAAAACCCGUCCGUUUCAUGUUGUGUAGAAGUUGAUGACAAUGCAGGAAAGGCUGAAACAGAGAUGUUAGUGACCUCUGAUGCACAUGUUAACGACCUGUCAGUUUCAUGCUGUGCAGAAAUAGAUUUCAAUGCAGUGUCGCAAUCUAAUGGUGUGGAAGUAGUUCACAAAUCAGAGUUCCAGAUGCCAACUUCUGCCUCAGCUAAAGACCCUCAAUUUCCUGAACUAACUAACGGAGUUAUUUUCUGUAGAUUAAACACUGAGGACCCAGAUGUUCCAUGCAAUGAUGAUGUUUUCCUACCCUUUAAUGAGCCUCCCCCAACAAUUUCCUCUUCAUCUGAAUCAGCUGCUAGAAAAUCCAAUAAACCAGUGCCAUCAUCUGUUAACGACUAUGGAUAUAGAGCUAACGGAAGAGGUAAAGUUUUGAUGCAGGUUGAACAAAAAACCUCCAUAGGAGCUCAUGUGUCUUCUCAAACAGCGGGAGCUCGUGGCCUUCCGGAACCUGUUUCUGGUUCUAAGAUUAAAUGUGACUUAUCUAAUAAUCAUGCAUCACACACACUAUCCAGGAGUGCAGUUAUUGCUUCCGUUGGACUAGGUGGAAACAAUGAUGCAUCGAACAAAACUCAUGCUGCUCUUCAUGCAAAUCCUAAGGAAAAUGUUGCUAAUGUUAGCUUCGUAAAGCAUCUAAGCAAUAAUGUCACAAAUUUGUCACAUGAAAAACCAGCUCUUGAAAAUGGCUUCAGAAAUCAUGUCCAACAUAAUGGUUCUAGCUUGAAACAGGAACAAGAUGUAGCUUUGCCAGUUGAAGAUAAUCAGUUGCAACUUGCUAUAAUGGGAUCUGCAGACGUUCUGGGGUCAGAGCUUGUGAUUGAUCCUCAAAAUUCAGAUGAGGAAGAGCAAUAUAUCGAAAGUGAUGAUGAUAUUCCUUAUUAUUCUGAUGUAGAGGCCAUGAUACUUGAUAUGGACUUGGAACCUGAUGAUCAGGAUUUAUAUGAUAAUGAAGAAGUAUCAAGAUUUCAACAUGAGGAAACAAAGCGGGCUAUCAUAAGGCUAGAGCAGGGUGUUCAUUCAUAUACGCAGAGAGCCAUGGCCUCACAUGGAGCAUUGGCCCUAUUAUAUGGUCGCCACUCAAAGUUCUAUAUCACGAAAACUGAGGUUUUACUUGGACGAGCAACAGAAGGUGCUCAUGUAGAUAUUGACUUAGGCAAAGGAGGGUGUAGCAAUCUAAUAUCUAGACGCCAGGCAAUCAUAAAGAUGGACAAAGAUGGAUCGUUCUACAUUAAAAAUGUUGGAAGGUGUUUGAUGCUGAUAAAUGAAAAAGAAUUGCACACUGGUCAAACUCAAAGAUUGGAUUCUAGUUAUCUGAUUGAGUUGAAGGGCAAACAAUUCAUAUUCGAGAUAAAUGAAAGUCGUAUGAAGCAGUAGCAGUUGGAUCAUAGUACUGACAAUUUUCCGACCUUUUAGUACGAUUGUAAAUGAUACAAAGAGGUCCAUUAACAUAGAAGGUGCUUGUUUUACGUGCUUUCUGAUUUUUGGUAAGGAGUGGCCCUGAUGUAUGUCAUUGAUUUUAUUGAUGAUGUGUUUUUCCCGGAA